AUGGGCCGCAGGAAGUCUGGCCAAGAUAACCGAAGGUCUUCUGAACCGAUUGACCGCAGGAAGUCUGGCCAAUAUGAGCGGAAGGCUUCUGAACCGAUUGACCAUCUAAAGUCUGCACAAGAUGCCCGGAGGGCUUCUGCACCGUUUCCACACAGAGAGUCCGGCCAAGAGGACCAAGCGCCUUAUGAACUGAUUGACAGCAGAAAGUCUGGUCUGGUUGAACGAAAAGUUUAUGAACAGGUUGAACACAGAUUGUCUGACCCAAUUGGCUACAAAACAUCGGUAAAGACUCACCACAAAGCACAUGACCAAAUUAUUGAACUGGCUGAAGACCAGGCAGCUGAAGACCAAGUUGCUGUCAGCACUCGUCACCCCAGAGUUAUCAUGCCGCUCUACAGUGAGUAUGAAAAGGUUGUAGAUGAAGAUGACAUAGAUGACGACCAGCCUGACCUUGAAGAAAGUGACGAGUCUGAUGGCAGAAUACAUACCAGCAAGAAGGGCAAAGAGGCUGACUCUAAAUUAGAUCGUAAGCAAAAAGACUUCAGAGAUUCCAAGGUUUCAGAUAAAACUAAAUCUGAAAAUGACGCCUUUAUGAAAGCAUUCAAUGCAUUUGAUAGCAAGGUCACCAGUGCUUUACAAACAAAAGACCACAACUUUUCCCCAAGAUUCCCCGCCAUCUCAACUAAAUUGGACUAUGUCAUCAAUCAAGAAAAGAGUCAUAUCAUAGUAACCAAGCCUGAUAAUACUUCAGAAUACCAAGAAGAAAGGAGUUCUGUUCUUCACUACCAUAAGAAGCGAUUUCCUUCUCUGGUAUAUCAAGAUCCUUAUCAAGUUUCACUACAAUACAUGGAGAAACACCACAUUCUGCAAAUAUUCCAGCAGAUCACUGAAAACUUAGUUUAUGAAAAGCCAGAGGACCCCCUGAGUUUUAUGCUGAGCCAGGUAAAGAAAAUGAUAAAAAGCAGAGAGAAAAAUUCAUCCGACCAAGAAUGAAUCUCUUCAACAUUGUUUGCAAUCAUCAGUGUCAAUAUUGUCUGUUUCCUACUUUGAAAAAUGGCUUUUGAAUGGUCAUUACUAGUGAUUCUGCCUAAAUGUAUUCUUAAUUUUUAAGUAAAAAUCUAUAAGGCAUUUUUGUACAGUUUGCAUAACAAUUAAAGAUGCCUUUGGCUAGUCAUACAAAAAUA